UGUGUCAAUUUUGACGUUCAGCUGGUGAGCAAAAGCAGAAGGGAAAAAAUGAGAUCGAUUUUGGUUUAUUGUUCACAUUGUUCAGUAAUUGGUGGAAAAAUGUGCAAAAGAGUGUGUGGAAGUCAGUAAUUAGACUGUCGUGGAGUGGAAUAAGUGCUGCUGCGUUACAAGAGACAGCGUGAGUGAGUGAAAAUGAGAUGGAGUGCCAUUUUUCAGGUGCUCUUCCUUAUUCUGCUUGUCGCCUGCGAGGCCUCGGCUAAUUUGGGUGAUCCGUACAAGAUUCUGGGCGUGGGAAGGCACGCCACUCUCCAAGAGAUUCGCAGGGCGUACAAGCAGCUGGCCAAGGAAUGGCAUCCGGACAAGUCGAACGAUCCGGAAGCGGAGAAGAAGUUCGUGGAGAUUAAGCAGGCUUACGAGCUGCUGGCGGACGCGGAUAGACGGAAGGCGUAUGAUUUGCACGGCAUCACGAAUGAGGAUGCAGCCAUGUUUCGGGAGCAACAUGAUUAUAGUCAGUAUGGGCGCUUCUCGCCGGAUCCCUUCGAGGAGUUCUUUGGACAUCGCUUCCACUUUGACCAGGAUAUCAGCCUCUUCCACAAGCUUUCCGUUUCCACCAAGUACUUCGAGGCCAACAUCCUGCCCAAGAGUCAGACAGUUCCGCACCUGCUGAUGUUUUACUCUGACUGGUGUUUCGCGUGCAUGAAAGCCGCGGGUGCCUUCAAGAAGCUAAUAGACGUCCUAGAGCCGCUUGGGACAAGCUUCGCCACCAUCAAUUCGGGCCACGAAAACAGUUUAGUCCGCAAGCUCAAUGUCCAUUCCAUACCAUGCGUCGUGCUCAUCCUGGACGGAAAGUUCUAUGUGUACAAGGAGAGCAUCUUCAGUGUGCAGCGCAUCGUGGAGUUCCUGCGCCACAAGCUACCCUACAAACUGGUGCCCACGGUGCAGGACAACAAUGUGCACAACUUUCUCAGCGGCUGGAAUGACAAUCGCGUGCGGGCGCUCGUGAUGGAGCCUCGCGGUCAGCCGAGAUUGCGAUAUCUCCUCUCAGCCUUUCACUUCCGCUUCCGCGUGGCAUUUGCCUUCGUGGAGCUCAACUCGCCGCAUAGCGAUGCCAUCAAGGAGCGCUACAAGGUCCACCCGAAUCUCGACACGGUGCUGAUCUUCAAUGAGGACGUUUCGCGUCCGGUCGCCAGUGUGUCAAUGUCCGAUAUUCCACUGCAGACGCUCAAUAAUGUCAUCGCGGCGAAUCAGUAUCUCGCCCUGCCGCGCCUCUCGUCUCAGGGAAUGCUGGAGGGUGUUUGCCCAGCUGAGUGGAACCGACCCAGGAAGCGUCUCUGUGUUAUCCUCGUGACAGAGAACACCAACAGUCACGACAAUGCCAGACAAGCGCUGCGGAAGAUCGCUCUGGAGUCAUCUUACAAUCCAGAAAGAGUGCGCUUCGCGUAUAUUUUCAAGGAAAAGCAGGCGGAGUUCAUCAACGCACUGGCCAGGAAGGACGACCAGGAGACGCUGCUUCGCGUGGUAAUCAUCUGGCGCCGCGAUACCACGCACAUCAAGUACGAGUGGGUGGACGAAGCUCGGCUGCAUGUGCAUCAAGUGAACAAUGAGACGGCCGAUCACUACAACCACACGAAGCAGAAGCUGGACGAUACCAUCCAGCGCCUCCUUAGGGCGUCCGAGGCGCUGACAUACGAGGCCGAGGUGAAGGAUCUGCUGGACGAACACGCACAGGGACUCGUGUCGCGCAUCAUCAACAAGGUUUUGCUCACUUUUGAAUAUCUGGCCGACAAUCUCGGCCGCGAGCACAUUCUGCCGGCGCUCUCUGUCCUCGGCACGGUGGGAUUCAUUCUGGGCGUGGGCUACCUGAUGGCUUACCUCGUGCGUCAGGAGGAGGAGAACAUCAAGCAGCAGCAGAAGACGAAGGCCAGCAACAACAAUAACGGCACCGCGAAGACACAGAGUACUUACGUGCCCGAGCUAAAGCUCCACGAGUUGCGCGCGGAGAAGUACAACGGACUCGUGCGGCUGCUGAAGCCGGGCUGUCGCACGAUUGUACUCGUCACGGAUCUGCAGUCGCGGAGCAAGCUGAUUCCCGGCUACCACAAGGCAGUGUGGCCGUACAGGAAGAACAAGACACUCAUGUUUUCGCACAUGUUGAUUGAGAAGGGUCUGGCCUGGUAUACGGAACUGCUGAGGCUGUCGCUGACGGAGUCGCGCGACCUGAAGAUCAACCCGAGGAACUGUAUCGGCACGGUCAUCGCGCUCAAUGGCCAUCGCAAGUACUUCUGCAUGUAUCACGCUAAGCAUCCGGAGACAAGUCGCGGCGCAAAGCGAAUGCUGAAGAUGACACGGCAACUGAGCAAUAAUUACAGAGAUCCCGAGGCCGGAUCCUUCUUGGCCAUGGAGAGCGAGUCUGACAGUUCCGUGAGCACGGAAUCAGAGCCGCGCAUUCUCUUGGAGGAGAAUUUGCUGGACGGACUGAGCAAUUGGCUCGAUCGCCUGUUCGAGGGCACAACUCAUAGAUACUACAUCAAUUACUGGCCGGAUUUUCCAACAAAGUAAUGGUUUUCCAAGAGCUACAAACACACAAAGUUAGCACCCAAAACUCUACUUGAAAAUUAAGAUCCUAAUUAUAUUCAAACGUAUAUUCACAAAGUUAGUGAGACAUAACUUGAUAAAAUUGAUAAACAAGAUUCUAGUCACAUUUUUAUAAAAACAGCCUGGAUUAGUAUGGAUUUGAAAGGGGAGGAGAAAAUGCCGUUUUAUCCUUGAAGACAUACAGUUUUAGGACUUUUUCAAUGAAAUGCUCUUUACACGAUAGAAAUUUAUUGGAAUUCGAUUGCAAGAAAAGGUAGAUUUGUAAUAAGACAUUUAAUAAGAUUAGCAGAAUCCGGAAGUCUCGAUAGUCUUUACCUGGUUCUUUCUUUCGGUUUAAUGGCAUUUAGAAGGGAUUGUUAGUUAUUUAUUUGUUGAAUGUGUGAUUUGUUGAUUUAACUUGUACAGUUGUGCCGAAUUGACGCUUCUUGCUGUGUGAGAGAAAUAUUACUCAACUUUGCAAGAGGCUGUUUCUCAAAGAAGACACCAAAAAAGUUACCCAAGAUAAAUAUUGAUAAGUUUUCUCUUGAUUUAUGAGUGCCAAGUGUUCGACCUUUUUACAUGUUCAUUAUAAAGUAAAUAUGAUUUCUUGUUUACAUGGUAUUUUUUAUUUAAAAAUGAACGUAAUAUUAAGCGAUGAUCGUUAAAAAUAAGAGAGAGAAGAACAAAAAAACAAGAAAUGUUGUAUGAAAUCACACUCGUAGAAGAAAUUCAUAUUUGGAAUAAUGACAAAUGAUAUGAAAUUAUUCAAUAAAAAUGGAUAUUAACUGAA